AUGGCUUCCGGAGCGGGAGGUUCAGACUCAGUGAUCGCGAACAAAAAUGGAGAUGAAAAGAACACUGAUGUUGCAACAGGAAGGAAGUUCUAUGUGCUUGUGGUGGAUGAUGAUCGUGCGACUCAAAUGAUCCAUAGCAUGAUGUUUAAGAGGUAUGGGUUGGAGACUCAAGUGGCUGGAAAUGGGAAAGAAGCUGUGGAACUGUAUCGCUCUGGGGCAUCAUUCCAUUUGGUUCUUAUGGACCUGGAAAUGCCAGUCAUGGAUGGUUGCGAGGCAACGAGGGAGCUUCGAGCCAUGGGAGUGACCAGUAUGAUUGUUGGGGUGACUUCUGCUGACUUAGACUCGGUGAAGGAAGCAUUUGUGAGCGCUGGUUUGGAUGGUUGCUAUGGGAAGCCACUGACUGUUGAUAAUGUCAAGUCUUCUCUGCAAGAACUUGACAACAAGAAGUUCUGA